AUGGCAGGCGGCUCUCGGGGCGGAAGAGGUAGAGGCGCUGCGGGCGGGGGUGGGGAAGAGUGUGGCGGAAGGGCGGAAGAGGAUGGGGGGAAGGGGAGAGGCUUCGGAGGGAGAGGGAGGGCGGAAAGGAGGAGUGGGGUUGGGGGGCGAGGGGGUGGAGUGCGAGGGCCGUUGGGGAUCGAGGGGGAGGCGGGAGUGCUGAUGGGGGGGGAGGGAGGGGGGGAUGCAGGGGGGGAGCGAUGGGAUGUGCCGCUGGUGCCUGACAUGCCUGGAGUGCUGUCCAUGGGUGAUGUGAUGGGAGGAGCCAAGCACAUGGCCUCCUCCACUUGGGGCGGUGCUAAGGAGGCCAUGAUAUCUGCUGCUCACACCCCAGCUGACACCGCUGCUGCUGACACGGCAUCCCUGCCGUGCUCUGCUCACGAAUAA